ACUUACAAAAAGGCUACAAUGCAGCUGGUGGUGUUUCACAUUCUGUAUAUUUUCCUUCUCGGCUAUGGGAUAACGCAGGAGACGUGUCCUGAGAGGGGUUUAACUAGCACUAUACCACCAACCACCAAUGCAACUCAAACCACUGCUAAACCACAGCUGGAAGAUACGUAUCUUCAAAAUGACGAGUGUCUAGGUAAGAAGUUCACUUACAAAUCGUGCCAGAAGGUCUUCUGCCCUCCCUGGAUGAGAUGCAUCAAAGGGGACUGCGUCUGCAAACUGCCCUACCAGUGUCCAAAAGGCACUGGCUCUCCAGCUUGUGCGACUGAUGCGAGGUCCUACAGGUCCUACUGCCAGGUGAAGAGUUUUGAGUGCAGUCGUGGAACAGUCAAGUUUACACACAGUGCAGCAGACUGUUCAAAUGCAUUUUACGCUGAUUUGGAUUUUCAAACUGUAUGGGUGAAGCUGGCCAAGAGAACGGAGAAACACCUUAUUUGUGGAGACACCUGGAAGAUUCCUGCCGGAAAUACAAUCUGCAGAGAGAAAAAAUAUGAAAAAGGUGCUAAAGAAGUUACGUCUGUGAGUUAUUCAGACAUCUCCAAUCAAUAUUCUAAGGAGUGUAUAAACGUGCGCUGCACUGGACUGGAGACGACCCUCGCAGAGUGCACCCUCUACAAUAAAAAGGAGAUGAACAAUGACACCAAGAUUGCAAAAGUUACAUGCUAUACAGAGAAUAAAGAAUGUUCUGAUGACGAGUUCCAAUGUGUCAAUGGGAAAUGCAUUGCUCACAACAGAACCUGUGAUGGAGUCAAUGACUGUGGAGACCUCAGUGAUGAGCUGUGCUGUAAAGCCUGCAGGGGAGGCUUUCACUGCAGGUCGGAUGUGUGUAUCCCAUCUGAAGCAGUGCGAGAUGGGAUAGAAGACUGUUUAACUGGGGAGGAUGAGCAAGACAAUUCUGGUGAAAAGAAACUUCCAGUUAAAGAUAAUAUUCAUUCAAGCACAGUAGAAGAUAAUAUUCUUUCAAGCAUAGUAGAAGGUGAAAAGAAACUUCCAGUUAAAGAAAAUGUUCUUUCAAGCAUAGUAGAAGAAACAAAAUUAACAAGGAAAAACAUUUCUGACCUAACCUGUGGAAUCAACACCUUCAGAGAGAGCGACAGUCAAGGGGCAAGAAAGAAACGGCUUCUGGGAGGAAAGGUUGCGCAAAGGGGUCAGAUUCCUUGGCAGAUAGCAAUCGACGAUGAAGGAGAAAUAAACUGUGGAGGGAUUUAUAUCGGAGGGUGCUGGGUACUGACUGCAGCCCACUGUGUGAGACCUAAACCACAACUGUACCGAAUCAAAAUCGGGGUGUGGAACGCAUUGAAAGUUGACAAGGAUACAGAUUCGAUAGCUGUAGAGAAAGUAAUAAUCCACCCAGAUUACAACCCUACAACAUACCAGAAUGACAUUGCUUUGAUUGAGAUGAAGAAUAUUUAUCACACCAAAGAAUGCAUUAAUCCCAACAAAUACAUUGCCACAGCAUGUGUUCCUUGGUCUGAGUAUCUGUUCAAACCUGGAGACAAAUGCAUUAUUUCUGGCUGGGGCCGAGCAAAAGGAUAUGAAAGAGUUUAUGUUCUUAAUUGGGCUCACAUCCAAAUAAUAAAAAACUGUUCGACAAUUUAUGGCCAUAGAUACUACGAGGGAAUGGAAUGUGCAGGUACCUAUGAUGGGUCAGUAGACACUUGCCAAGGGGAUUCCGGUGGACCACUGGUGUGCACUCAUAAUGAAGUGGCCUAUGUGUGGGGGAUUGUCAGCUGGGGAGAGAAAUGUGGAGUCGCCCAUUACCCAGGAGUUUACACGAAGGUGGCCCACUACUAUGAGUGGAUAAGCCACCAUGUGGGCAGGGCCAGCAUUAGCAAAUAUAACGUGUAAUAGUACACUCUACAGUCACUGUAAACAAAUAUGUUUGCAAUUGCCAAUUAAACAGUUGAUUGUGUUCUGUUGCAUUUACUUACUCUCAAGCCUGCUUAUAGUAACCUUUCAAAAAGGCCAUUUAAAAGGUGGCUUUUAUGAUGUACUGCAUAAUAAAUAUAUAUGGGGAUGAUCUCUAUAUACUUUGUACUGAUGGUGUUUAA